AUGUCUGUUAAAGAAAAACGAAUACCACGAGUAUUAUCCAUUCAAAGUCAUGUUGUUCAUGGAUUUGUUGGCAAUAAAUGUGCAACAUUUAUCCUACAGCUUUAUAGUUUCGAAGUUGAUGUGAUUAAUUCUGUUCAUUAUUCAAAUCAUACUGGAUACAAAGUAGUAAAAGGUAGUCGAUUAAGUGUCGAUGAACUUCGAGCUAUUUUUCAAGGUUUAAUUGCAAAUGAAAUUUUCGAAUAUGAUUAUAUUUUAACGGGUUAUAUGGGUUCAGGUGAAUUAUUAGCUGUUAUUGCUGAAUAUGUACGUCUUAUCAAAUCGAAAUCUCCUCAUGUAAAAUACCUUUGUGAUCCAGUAAUAGGUGAUAAUGGUAAACUUUAUGUCGAUCAAUCCUGCAUUGAAAUGUAUAAGAGUGUAAUUCUUCCUCUAGCUGAUAUUGUUACUCCAAAUGAUUUUGAAUUAGAACAAUUAGUUGGAUCACAGGUUAAAAGUAAUUCUGAUCGUUAUGAAGAACAAGUCCUUUGGCAAUCAAUACAAUCUUUACACAAGAUGGGUCCUACUCAUAUUAUUGUUUCUAGUAUAUCAGCAGCUAAAUUAGGUGGUAAAGAAGAUACGCUGCAAAUAGGCUGUUUUACUGGUACAGGAGAUUUAUUUUCUGCUUUGAUUCUUGCUUGGUUUCACAAAGAGAAGAAUCUUAUCUCAGCUUGUGAAAAAUCUAUAUCUGUUCUUCAUCAAGUUUUAUUAAAAACCAUUGAAUUAUGUGACUCAAUUAAUAUUCAUAAUACUUGUGGUAAUGAAUUAAAACUGAUUGAAAGUAAAACAGCUAUCGAAGCAGCUGAAACACUAUUUCAUGCAGUUAUUAUCGAUACGAACAUUGUUCAAUAG